GAUUGGAGAGCUCAACCUAUAUAUUUAAGGUCUCUCAUUAGUUACAAUUUAAUCUGUUUAAUUUUAAGGUCCGUUUGGAGGGAUUUCACUUUGUAAUGGAAAGAGAAAAUCCAGCCUCAAUUCAGAUCCACUGAGGCAUAUCUUCCUGACUUCAUACCGUGUGUCAUGGCGGUUCUGACGAAUAAUCGACAGUCAGAGGUGCAGGACUGCAGGUAAAACCUCUCACAUUGAUGAUCAAGUCCCAGGUCGCUGGUCAUCAUCUCAAACAAUAACAACGAGUAAACAGUGACAGUGUUAAAAUAACGAGUGAAAUAACCGUGAAGUCAUUGACAGGAGUAAUACAGGAUUAAUCACAGGGGCAAUGAGUGCUCAAAUUAAUUUGACGUCAAUCCAUCAAAUUCCGUGACUCUUAUUUUGUCUCUAGGCUGCACCUAUCAACCAUAGAAAAUGGCCGUGGACCCAACACUUGACAGUGGCAAAAUGUUUUUGUUUAUCUGCUUAUUGUGAUAUAAUUGGCAUUGAGUAAUUAGUGGUGGAGUUUAACUGGUCUCAUGGUGUUCUUGGGGAUUGAUAAAACUGGAAGACUUUGAGUGAAUGGUUGGGUGAAUUGUUUUGGGGAAUUAUGGGCUGUCGGUCAUCGACCGGAGGCCAGGAAACCUCGAAAUGUGAAAUUAUUUUAUUUAUUUGUCAGUGACGAGUGGUGGUUCUUUUUUUUUUUCUCAUUGAUUUUACAAACGCAUUAUUUAUGCCUCUGCGCAUCGGAUGUAUUUUUUCUUUCGUUGGAACGCAAUCGCUCCAACUUUUAUUUCAUUAUGAUGAGCUUAUUGUUUGUGUGACUAACUGGAACAAUAUUUGAUAAUAAUGAUGAUAUUGCGUGAAUAUCGAUGACGAACUUGGUCUUCACGACUCUUUGGAGGAAUUUAUGGAAUUAAUCGGCUUCGAGGAAACCUAGAAGAUGAGGAAUCUCAAGAGUAUGGGGUUUUGUGCCCUCGUGGUGCUAAUCUUCAUUUGUUUAUUGCCAAUUGUUGAUGGACUAAAAUGCUACUGUGAUAUUUGUGCGGAUACGAAUCACACAUGCGAAACUGAUGGCUACUGUUUCGCCAGCACAACCCUAGAUCGUGGAGAGAUCACUCAUGCAUACAGGUGUUACAAUAAGCCCCAGUUCUUCCCAAUAUCUGGAUACGCCGUUUGGUGUGAUUCAAAUGGGACACUUCGUAGUCCUGGUGGAAUAAAAUUUAUCGUUGCCUGCUGCGAUGACACCGAUUACUGCAACCGUUAUAUCGAGCUUUCAUUUUCAACUCAAAUAACUGACGAUUCUCCUCGCGGUCUGGGCAGAUUCGAAAGAGUAACAGCAGCUGGAGGUGUGACGACAUGGGUAACAUGGAGAAUGGCACUGUCAAUAGCUCUGCCAAUUUGCGCUGUAUGUAUAAUCGUGAUGGCAGUGUACCACGUGCACAUGAGCCGUCGGAGACCAGCCAGACAUUUUCCUGAUGACUCGAUGGAAGCACCAGAUCGUCCCAUCCUGGGUGGUGUCACCAUCAGGGACAUGCUGGAGAUGACAACAAGUGGUAGUGGAUCAGUUGGGCUUCCACUGCUGGUGCAGCGAAGUAUAGCACGUCAGAUUCAACUUGUUGAGACAAUUGGUAAGGGACGAUUCGGUGAAGUCUGGCGUGGACGAUGGCGUGGAGAAAAUGUUGCUGUUAAAAUCUUCAGCUCGAGGGAGGAAAGAUCUUGGUUCAGGGAGGCGGAAAUAUAUCAGACUGUCAUGCUCAGGCAUGAUAAUAUCCUUGGAUUCAUUGCUGCUGAUAAUAAAGACAAUGGUACGUGGACGCAGCUGUGGCUCAUCACUGAUUACCAUGAGAAAGGAUCGUUGUUUGAUUAUUUGAAUCGUACAACAGUCGAUGUCAAUGGAAUGAUGAGAAUGGCUCUGUCUAUGGCAACUGGUCUUGCUCAUCUUCACAUGGAAAUUGUUGGUACUCAGGGUAAACCAGCGAUCGCCCACAGGGAUCUCAAAUCUAAAAAUAUUCUCGUUAAAACUAAUGGCACUUGUGCCAUUGGUGAUUUAGGUCUUGCUGUGCGACAUGACGUUAUUACUGACACUGUUGAUAUACAAUUGAAUAACAGAGUUGGUACUAAACGUUACAUGGCACCUGAGGUUUUGGAGGAAACGAUAAACAUGAAUCACUUCGAUUCGUUCAAAAGGGCGGAUGUUUAUGCACUCGGUUUGAUUCUAUGGGAAAUAGCCAGGCGGUGUAAUGUCGGUGGUAUUCACGAUGAUUAUCAGCUUCCUUUUUACGAUCUUGUACCUUCUGAUCCUACUAUUGAGGAAAUGCGAAAAGUUGUUUGUACGGAUCGGCAGAGGCCAUCGAUACCGAAUAGGUGGCAGUCUAUCGAGGCACUUCAAGUUAUGUCUAAAGUGAUGAAGGAAUGCUGGUAUCACAAUGCAGCAGCAAGACUCACAGCUCUCAGGAUUAAAAAAUCACUCGCCAAUUACGGGUCUAUGGCAGACCUCAAAUGAAACAUACAAAUUACUAUGUACUAAUUAACACACUGUCGUGUGAGAAUGCAUGAUUGUCCAAUGACAAUUUUUCCUUAAUCUUCCGGUAUCAUCGAUUGAACGACCUCGAAGUUGAGAUUAUUGCUUCGGUAAUGAAGGCGAGAAAACAUGAAAUUGUGUGAAUGUGUCUGAUUGAUUGGGCUGAAUGCUGAAUUGGUGAGUUGGUUUUAAUCAAUUGAGAAUUUUUUCUUACGUUUAAUCAACCCAACACUGUACAAUAAAUUUUAUCAAUAUUUUCUAUUUAUGGAAUUGAAUAUUUUCUUCUAAAUUAUUUUCAUACGUAAUACUUUGAAUCUUUUACUGUUCAAUUCCCUAGUCAUACUGAAGUACAGUGAAUUACUGAUGAUAGUUUUUUUUUCACUUAGAGUACGUGAAUUCAAAUGUUUUUGCUCAAAUAUCAGUUUUUACUGAGAAAAUGUCACGUUGUAAUCAAGUAAAUGUGAAUUUUUUUAACUGAAGUGAAUUGAAAAAAAUGAAUAAUCAUAUUCUCGGGAUAAUUGACAUGAAUAUGAUUAAUGAUUUCUUGAAAUGCGAGGAAUGAAAAUUGGGCGUGAAAGCUUGAUUGAAGAAAAAAAUUAAUAGAAUACUAUUUUCGGAUUUUUUAUUUAUAAGCGCGUGAUAAAGUAAUCAAUUAGCUUUCUCGGUGUAAAAAUGUGGAUGAAUAGUGCGAUUGUAAAUGGUAAUAGUAAAUGAUAGCAGCUAUUGAACCGUCAACAAAACGAGACUGAUCAUAACUGGAAGAUUGAAGAAACAUUUUUUCGAUAAUUUUCAAACCAACUGACAUGCAAAAAAUAUGAGAAAAAAAAAGAACAGAUUAAAAUAAAAUCAGUGGAGAGAGUCGUUAAAGGAUGAUGGUAUUUUUAUAUUUUCGUUUGAACAAAGCGAAUGAUUUUCGUUAUUAAUUGUAUACUCAGUGCUGAAAAGGCCCAGCUGACUUCGACAUUAAUUGAUGCUGAACAACAGAAUAAUUGCAAAUAUAUCUCUUUACGAUCCAUAGGAAGAAUGUAAUUCGUGGAUUGCAAUUCACUCAAAGACUGAAAAUAAUAUUCAUAGUAGAUAAACUUUUCUCUUUCUUUAAUUACCGAAUUGUCUGACAAUUGACUGACAACUGUCAAACUCUUCGUUGAGAUAACAAACGAGACAGUGUUUAGUGAUAAUUAUUAUCACAAUAAAAAGAAUCCAAAAAUUUAUCAUUCUUAUUAGAAAAAUGAAUAACUCAUUAAAGAUCGACAAAUUUUUUCACCCCCACAUCGUGCGAUAUAAAACCUAUAAUCGAUAAAGCAAUAAACGUUUGUUCACUCCACCCCAUACAUUCCCAUUACACGUAGGUUAAUUUUAAAUUUCGUAAUAAAAAAUAAUGAAGUUUCACUGGAAUAAUUCUGGUGUUAUAACCAGUGACACAAGAACCUCCUACAGUUUAUACCACUAGUACAACAUUUGUGCCAAUAAAUAAAUUAAUUCAGACAGUGAAUAAAAGUGAUAAAAGACUUUUAAUGGAAAAUAUAUCAGCCUCAAUAUAUCCUCUACACAUUUCUGUUCAUUGAAACUAAACAAGAAAAAGUUAAUCAUGUAUAUGAGUAGUGUACCCCUGAGCUUCCAGCUCCAGUAAUCUCCAGAAAUUUUAAUAUUAAUGGAUUAAGUAAUAGGUAGCAAUGAUCGAUAGACAGCUGGGCCUCGAAUAAUCGAACAGUCUAAAUCGAUAUCCGACGAAACAGCCAAACUGCCAAUAAUCAAUUGUAAUUUCGUAACUUGUGAAUUAAAUGAAAAAUGAAAAUUAAGGAAAAAUAAUACCUUGCUCCGUUAAAAUGACUCGACUGUACAAAAUGUAUACCGUUGCCCUGUCAGCGAUUUAUAGUUGAUUAAGAGUAAUUACAAUAUUAAUGAUGAUAAUGGCAUAGAAUUAAUGAAUUCAUUGCCGACAUGGCGAUUAUUAUACGUCUAGUUAUUUUUACUGAGUCGCUUUGCAUUCGGAUUUAGUAGCUGUGGAUACGGAAAAAAUAUCAAUCAGUCCGUUGAUAGUUUUAUUAUUAUUAAAGACAAUGCUUUUACAAAUGGUUUUUGUAGUGUGCGUCAGAGUAAUAAUUAUUUGUUUUAUUUUUAUUAUUUUUUAUAUAGAUUAUAUUUUUAUGUGUUGUAUAUUAUAAAUUCACUCUACCGUUGCGACGAUUCAAUUUUGGUGAGAUAAAUUUCUAGUUUAUCGUUAAUUUGGCUUUUUUAUGUUCACUAUUUUUAAUACUGUAGAGUAAUAUUUUUUGAAUAUUUGAAUCGUCUCAUCGGUUGAAAAUUAUAACACUGCAGUGGUGGCAACUCUUCCGUAGUUAUUUUAGAUUCAUCUUCCUCUGAUAAUUCGAGAUCGAGGUAAAUCCCCUCGAGGCUCAACAAUUGUUAUAAAAUUGUCAUCGUGGUAAUGAAAUUUUUAAAGAAUUCCAGUGAUACUACAAAAAAUCCAUUACCAGUGUAAUCUACUACCGACUUGAAAUAAUUUCCCAGUCAAUAUUAUUUAAAAACUACUAAUAUAUUAGCUGGAUCUUUCCUCGUGUAUGAUACCCUGUAAAUAAUUGUGUAAAUGAUACUCUCGAAUUUAUGGCAAAUUCAAAUAAAUGAGCACUUGUAAUUUUCAUAAGGAGAAUAUACGGGACAAAAUGGGGAGAGGAUGGAGUAAAUGUGUGAGGGGUGUGUUUUUUUUUUGUUUCUUAUUAUUUCAUUGUAAAGUUCUCGAAGCAAGACAACAAAGAAUCAUGAAAACUAUGAGUAAUACAUCGCUCUUUCUUUUAAAUUUUAUCUCCUUUCUCACGUGAAGAAUCGCCGCUGGGCAGAAAUGGUUCGGCAAAUGAAUAAUGAAUGAUACAAACUUGAGAGCAUUUUUAUUAAAUCACCCACAAAGCCAUAGUGAGCCUUAGAUUGCGCAUAUAUCAUAUUUUAACCAUGUUGCACUGAAGAAUGAAAAAGAUAAAAGAAUAUGGAAAUAUUGGAAUAAAAAAAAUGGUACAAUUUUUGAUGAGAUAUUAAAAUUAAAUGGAAAUAAAUUAGUUGUGAGAAUAAAUCGACCCUGUUGCGCAAUUGAAGUGAGUAUUAGUCAGGGUCGGGUAUUUGGGUGAACAAUAAUAAUUAUGCAGUUACCGUAAUUUACAAAUCCUCUUUGUAAAUUUAUUAAUCAAUAGUCACUUUGCAAUCAUGUUACGAUUCUGUCAUUAAAUUACACUUCAUGUGUCCAUCAAUUAACGCGGAGAGAAAAAUACAGAAAAAAGUACGUGACGAGAGUACGUAAUCGUCAGCUAAAGAACGAUUUCAGUAAUUUUUUUUAUCUACAAUGAUAAAAAAUAAGAGACGGUCUGUAUUUUUCUCUGCAAAAAUGAAUUUAAUCACAGGAUUAAUCCUUGGCAUUACGAAAUUAAAGAAUAAAUAGAAAAUUGGCAAUAAUUUUUCGAGUGCAUACAUACCUGCGAGUGAUAGUAAUUCCCAAUGACAAUUGAUCCUGUAAACGACUUUAGGCUGAUGAUUGAGAUUCUUCCAAAGUCGUAGAAGAGCAUUAACUAGAGAAGUAACUAGCGGUUGAUUUCUUCGAGCUCGUUAAAUUGUAUAAAAUUGCUUGUGGAUGCUUCAUUCGUCGUAUUUUUACGGCGAAAUUUAACCCAUAAAUCGUAAGAAAAAGCAAAAAAAUAAGGGGAAAAAUUAAUUGAUAAGAUGAGCUCAUUAGUUAUUCGAAUGUGCGCCCAUGCGGACCCUGAUAAUAACCGCCAUAUGCUCCAAUAAAGAAACAAUUUACUUUAAAAAUUGACAUUAUUUCAUCCCCUUUGGAACAAUCCCGGGGAAAAAUGAUGAAUUCUCUUUGAAGGAUAAAUAAUGGAUUACUUAUUUAUAUUUUUUCGUACGUACGCGUUUUCAGUUUAUUAUUAAAUUAAAUGACACAGGUUAAGUGUUUCGUACAGUGAGUGUUCUUAUGUACUCAAUUGAAUAUUUCAUUUGGGCAAUAAUACCUAACUAUGUUUUGUAGUAACAGAAUUAUCAAUUAAAUACAGUAAUAUUGUGCGUGUUAUAGACAUGCGUUCUUACGUCUGAAGUUGACAAAUUAAUGUGAUAAUAAUAUUCAUUGAAAUUUCAUUUGAAUAAAAUGAUUUUUAUAGUGGCGUUUGGCGAUUUUCGAGUGAGACGUCAAGUGCUGUCUCCACUCCUGGGACUGAAUAUAUUAUUAUAAUUAUAAUUAUUAUAAUUAUUAUUACAAUUAUGCGUCUUUGCAAAUUGGGAUUAUCCGGUCUUUGUAAAUCUCGCUGUAACAUUCUCAUUUUUUAUAAAAAUAGAAUAGUUUUUUUUGUUUCAUUUUGUUUUUUACAAAUUCGCUGGGAUAUCGUUUGACGCGCGCAACUGCCCUCUCGGUAUCAAAAGAAUUUUUA